CCGACAACAAGCUAUGACACCCAGGCUAUGAUGAAAACACACUUCUGACUGCACGUCGAUGACCAACGAAUAUAGCCUACUUUACGUCGACGUAAGCCUCGCCGUGAAUCAGGAGAACAACAACAGCCCGAAAUCAACCUGUUAACGUUGAUUAGAGAAGAUUGUCAAUGCUGUAAGAGAAUUAUCAAAUUGCUACAUGUCAAGGAUGGAUGGUGAAUAGACAAUCAGAAGUUAACUGCCUUUACAUUUUUGGUCGUAUCCAGAUUGGGAUGUGUUUCAGGGAGGACCCGAUACAUGGAAGUGAAACAACGACUAGCCUGCUAUUAUAGCUAACGUGUAAGUUAACGUGUAAAUAGCCUUUUGAGGAACCAUCUGUGGUUAGAUUUCUUCGACUCGCAUGUCACUGUAAGCAAUAGCAGUUAAUAUCAGUCGUCUGUGGUAUAUUUGCGAUGAUUUCCUAUUGGUUUGUUCAUCUGGCAUAUCCAGGCAACUUAUUAUAGUCUUUAUAUGCAUGGUCAUUUGUGAUCAUUUGAGGAUAACUGUCGAUAGCGGAUAUAUAGGUUACCACCAGUGAUUAGUGUAGUGUUCGCGUGGGUUUAUCGUUUAUUCUUGUCAUGCUAGUUGUGUGACCUUUUGUACAUUUUAAUUUGUAUGCAAAAGGAUACUUUUGUCUGCGGCUGUUGAUGUAGCACGGGGGUUGUUCGAUGGUGAUGCUGAUUUGGUGGAAAUCUCGACAUAAGCCAUCCCUUGGCUGUAUGUCAAUGUGUUUUAGAUUGAGUUUAGUAUCACGGCCAUUGUUUCCACUAUUACUGUUUACAUUAGUCUUAAACGUACGCUGUAAUGACAUAACGGCAGCAACAAACAGAAUAUUACAAAAAGAAGCACAAUUUGACUUUACCUACAACGAUGAAGUCAACAACGACAACCAAACCAUCUAUGCUUUCAACCACACGGUGUCUCGGAACAAGACCGAAGGAGUCAGAGUAUGGGUAAAUCUGUUGACGGAGAAUACCAAGAAUCCCAUCCUGUUUGUUGUGAGGCAAAAACAGGCUGUGUUGUCAUUUCAAGUCCCCCUCAUCCUUCGUGGUUUAUACCAAAGGAAAUAUCAGUACACCCAACUGGGACGCACCUUGUGUCAGCCACCUACACAUGCCAUAGCAGAGACACAGUACUUCUAUGUGGACGUGUCAACACUUUCCAGUACUGGAAUCAACUAUCAGCUGAGAGUCAGUCGUGUGGAAAGUUUCACACUCCAGACUGAAGUGAAGUUUACCUUCACUGCCACCCCAUCCCAACCUCAGUAUUUCAAGUAUGAUUUUCCUGAUGGUGUGGACUCUGUGGUCGUAAAGGUCAACUCCCAAACAAACUUCCCAUGUUCCGUCAUGUCCAUUCAGGACAUUCAAUGUCCAGUCUAUGAUCUAGACAACAACGUUGCCUUCAUUGGGAUGUACCAGACAAUGACCAAGACGGCUGCUAUUACAGUACAGAGAAAAGAGUUCCCUAGCAACAGCUUCUAUGUGGUUGUUGUGGUGAAGACUGAAGAUGAGGCCUGUGGGGGUCCUCUGAAAUAUUACCCACUACUGCCAGACCAAUUAAUGGACCCUGGAAAUAGGAGCAAGACCCUUGAUGUGGUUGUUUCCCCUGCAAUUAAUUUGGACGUGUAUGUGAUGGGCAUGGUCUUCUGCAUGGGUAUCUUCCUGUCCUUCUAUGUGCUCACCUUCCUGGUGGCCUGUGUGGAGAGUAAGAGGAAAAAGGGUCACCCCAAUCCUGCGGACAUGUCACCUGCAGAGACAGCCUCUCUGUUGGGAAAGAGCCUGGUCACACCUUCCCCUUACGAGUACGGUUCUGUCGCAGACAACGCUAGCUCCUUCAGUUCAGAGGCCAUCACAGAUAGCAUUGCAUCGGCUGAAGUCCACUAUGGAUACAUGGAGCGCUCUAUGGAGAGUGUAGGCUGCAGCCGACGAGACUCUCUCAGCUCCGUGGAGGAAGACGAUUACGACACGUUAGCUGAUAUAGACUCAGAUAAGAACAUUGUCCGCACCAAGAAAUACCUCUGUGUUUCGGAUCUGGCACGCAAAGAUAAGAGGAUCCUCAGCAAAAAAUACCAGAUCUAUUUCUGGAACAUUGCCACCAUUGCUGUGUUCUACGCCCUCCCUGUCAUCCAACUGGUCAUCACCUAUCAAACGGUUGUGAACGUGACAGGAAACCAAGACAUCUGCUACUACAACUUCCUCUGUGCUCACCCCCUGGGAGCGCUCAGCUCCUUCAACAACAUCCUGAGUAACCUUGGUUACGUGAUGCUGGGCCUGCUCUUCCUGCUCAUUGUGCUGCAUAGAGACAUUGCCCACAACCGAGCCCUUGUACGCAACGACCUUGCUGCUCUGGAGUGUGGGAUCCCCAAGCACUUUGGUCUGUUCUAUGCCAUGGGUACUGCUCUGAUGAUGGAGGGGCUGCUCAGUGCCUGCUACCACGUCUGCCCCAACUACACCAACUUCCAGUUCGACACCUCUUUUAUGUAUAUGAUUGCUGGACUGUGUAUGCUGAAACUGUACCAGAAGAGGCAUCCAGACAUCAAUGCCAGUGCUUACACUGCCUACGCCUGCCUCGCGGCAGUCAUCUUCUUCUCUGUGCUGGGCGUGGUGUUUGGAAAAGGGAACACUGUGUUCUGGAUCGUCUUCUCUGUGAUCCACAUCCUGGCCACGCUGCUACUGAGCACUCAGCUCUACUACAUGGGCCGCUGGCGCUUUGAUUCUGGAGUUUUCCGUCGGGUUGUCAAUACCCUCUACACAGACUGUAUACGAACCUGCAGUGGGCCCAUGUACAUUGACCGGAUGGUGUUGCUUGUUAUGGGAAAUAUCGUUAACUGGUCCUUGGCUGGCUAUGGUCUGACUGAGAUGCCCAGUGACUUCGCCUCAUAUCUGCUGGCCAUUGCUAUCUGCAACCUGCUGCUCUAUUUUGCCUUUUACAUCAUCAUGAAGUUGCGCAGUGGAGAGCGUAUCCAGUGCUUUGCCCUGGUGUGUAUCCUCUUCACAGCAGUGGUCUGGGGCUUUGCUCUCUACUUCUUCUUUCAAGGACUUAGCACAUGGCAGAAAACGCCGGCUGAGUCUCGCGAGCACAACCGAGACUGCAUCCUGCUCACCUUCUUUGACGACCACGACAUCUGGCAUUUCCUCUCCUCCAUCGCCAUGUUUGGCUCCUUCCUGGUCCUCUUAACCAUGGACGACGACCUGGACAAUGUACAGCGAGACAAGAUCUUUGUCUUCUAAAUCUGGUGUUCUCCCCCCACCUUGAGAAAUCUGUCCAUCUGUCCACCCCUCCGUCUGUCCGUCCGUCCCAAUCUGUCUUUUGCAUGGGUGCACAACAUAAACGGGAUGAAUAGGGAUGCCACCAAAUGCUGGGUGUUGUUCUGUGAAACUUGCUGGUAGACAAUGGGCACAACAUAAUGCAAUUCUGUUGAGUGGCUGGCCGUCGGGUUCAUUUGCCAGUAGGCUGGUAAAAGGUUCAGUAGUUUCCACUACCUGGUGCACAACACAGACGACCAUGGGAUGCAAAUUGUUACUACAUUUUCAGCCAUCCCCUGUUUGAGGAGAUUCUAAUUCACCCAUUUCACGUUGCCCAGAGGCAUUAGCAGUACGCAAUGGGACUUAUUCAUUGAGCUUGAAAAACUAGUUAUAGGUCAGCCAUCUCUUCUGUGCCAGAGGCGGCAAGAUGGUCUGUGUGCCAAUCUGAUACAUCGUGAUCAUCACUGCUCUGCUCAUGUAAAAUCAUGCCAUCAUCAACACUACUGUCAUCGCUGUCUUUUAAAAAUGCUGAUGGAAAGGAUAAUCGGGAUGAUUUUGUUUAGUUUUUGACUUUUUUUGUUUUUAUAAAUGUGUGUUUGUGAUUUCAGAGGGAAAAAUAAUGUGUCUUGCCAAAUCAGUGGCCUUUAAUGUUUCGAGUCUUUUCCUGUGGUCAAGCUCCAAUACUGUACUUUUGCUGAACUGAUUUUACAUGUACCGAUCGAUCAUGAACAUGCUUGUGAUGAUGAGCGCUGUUGCACUAUUAUGUAUGAAAAAAGAGAGAAAAAUAUCCACAUUUAACGGGAUAUUGUAUCAUGUUUUGUGUAAAAAAAUAUUAUGUUCGAAAUACGGUUUUACAAUAAAAUGAUUAACAUA